UCUCGUUUUGUCUUUCUUGGUUCCGAUCAGAAACUCAAAAAAACCGAAGCCAAACUGAACUAAUCGGAAUCUCAGGCGACCACAGAGGCAGAAGGAGGGGAAGAUGGGAGAUAUUUGGGCAUGGCUUAUAUCCUUCUUCUUCCUCAUCGCUCUUGUGGCAAUCAUCGUAUACCAGCUUGUUUGCUUAGCGGAUCUGGAGUUUGAUUACAUAAACCCAUACGACUCAGCGUCGAGGAUAAACUAUGUGGUGUUACCGGAGUUCAUUAUUCAAGGAGUUCUAUGUGUAUUCUAUCUGUUUACAGGACACUGGUUCAUGGCAAUCCUUUGUCUCCCUUAUAUGUACUACAACUUCCAACUUUACUCGAAGCGACAACACUUGGUAGAUGUAACGGAGAUAUUCAACCUGCUAAACUGGGAGAAGAAGAAACGGCUGUUCAAGCUUGCUUACAUAAUACUUAACCUCUUUCUCACUAUCUUCUGGAUGAUAUAUUCAGCGUUGGAUGAUUACGAGGACUGAUUGACACAAGACGUCAUCCAUCUGAUUGAGACACCGCUGCUUAAAGAUAACAGCGAGUCCUCCUGCUCGUCGUCCUCGUGGACACCAUGGAUAAAAAAUGAAAGGACUAAAUUGUAUUUGCUUUUACCUGUUUGAUGACGAUGCAUGUUUGUAAGAUUAUUAGUGGCAGAAAGAUUCGUGUUAUUGUGUAUCGUUCGUUAUCCUGAUGUUUCAGCUGUCUUGUUAUGUCUGA